AUGAAGAGGGGAGCGGACAGAGCAGCUAGGGCUGCCGGUGGUUUCUACAGAGUGGUCGCAGGCACCGACCCAAACACAUUAACACUCGCACAGCCUCUUCAAUAUCCAUCGUUGGUGGCUGGAAGCGGAGCCAAUCAAGACAGAGAAGAGUCAACUGACUCUGUGCCGGCCGAAGGCGAAGCCCAAGARGUGCACGCGGACGUGAAUGCCAAAGAAGACGGAUACAGCGUCGGCGUACCCGGACCUCUGACGAGAAUAUUCGUAAUUGCCAACAGGGGAGUUGCCAAUUUGGUCCAAGACCUGAUACUGAGAUUGGCCCAGACCACCGAACGAAUAGUGAACUUCAAAGCCAGAUUAAUUACAUCCCUCAUCUAAGCAAAUAUUCAAGUUUGUGUAGUAAAAUGUAAUUUAUUACCUGCGAGCGGCGUAUUUUAGUCAUGACUUAUGAGAUUAAAUCAUAACUUAGUUUGCACAACCGUAAACCUACGUCGAUUUUUUUAUAUAUAACACGAUUUUUUAACUAUGUGUUUGAAUAACAUCUCCAAUUCGUGUCUUACCCAUCAACUACGUCGUGUCGCACACACUCACCCAUACAAAUACUCAUAUACACGCAUUAAAAUAUUUUACAACCAAGUCAACAUUUAAURAAAUAUUCGACAUAUUAUAAUGUUCAAAUUUUUUUUUUUUUUUCGUAAAAUAUUGUUCUGCCAAUGCAAUUUAAACACUGUAUACGUUAAUAACGAUGUCCAUAUCUCUCGCACAAACAACAAAUGAUUUUAAUAGAUYAACAUUUUCAAAACAAGUGCCAAAAUACAAAAUAUAAUUUUAAAACCAUCAGACGAUAACGAUAUGUCAUACGAUCACCAAUUUAUAAUUAUUUAUACCUAUGACGUGCACUAUAAUAUCAGUAGUCUUGUUGAAUAUAUAGGUACAUCUCUUAACGAUUUAAUCGGCACGUCUUAUUAAAUUWAAUACACAGUGUACCUACAACUAUCAAUUGGUAGUUAUCAACAUUAAAACACUGAUUUUAGACUAUUGUAGUGAUUUAAUUAAUCAAUUAAAAAAUCAAAAUCAAAAUUACGUAGGUACUCAUGUAUAAUUAAUAUUAGUAAUAAAUAUAAAAUUGUAAAAACAUUAUCAUAUAAAUACUUAUUUACCUUGUAGUAUACUAUUUUUAUUUAUUAGACCCAUGAAAUACCUAAAUGUAAACUUGUCUACUGUAUAAAUUAUAUUGGUAUUAU